AUGGAGUAUUCAAGUGCUUUGAUCUCAACUUAUUUUCCUUUUCUUUUUCUUUUUGUGGUUCUUGUUAAUUUAACCAAUGGAAAACCUAUAGUACCUGCAUUGUUCAUAUUUGGAGAUUCUAGUCUUGAUGUUGGCAAUAACAACAACGAACCCACUUUCGUUAAAGCAAAUUUUCUUCCUUAUGGAAGAGACCUUGAGAAUCACAUUCCAACAGGGAGGUUUUGCAAUGGAAAGCUUACUAUUGACUAUGGAGCGGAAGCUUUUGGAUUUACCUCUUACCAACCGCCUUACCUCAGUUUACGUGUGAAAGGAAAUAACAUUUUGAAUGGUGCCAACUUUGCCUCAGCCGGUUCUGGUUACCAUGAUUCUACGGCCAAACUAUACAGGGCAAUUUCAAUGAGCAAGCAGCUGGAAUACUACAUGAUGUACCAAAAGGAGUUGAUGAAAAUAGCAGGGCAAUCAACUGCAUUAUACAUUAUAUCAAGUGGUGUAUAUCUUGUUGGUGCAGGGAGUGGUGAUUUUAUAUUGAAUUAUUACAUAAAUCCAUUGCUUCAAAAGGCUUAUACACCUUAUCAAUUCUCGGAUAUUCUUGUGCAACGAUACUCCAAUUUCAUUCAGAGUUUAUAUGCAGCUGGAGCAAGGAAGAUUGGUGUGCCAACAUUAACUGCAAUAGGUUGCUUUCCUAUAACCAUCACUCUCUUCGGCUUCCAUAGCAACAACGAAUGUGUAGUCAAAAUAAACAAUGUUGCUAUUUACUUCAAUCAACAGCUCAACUCAACAUCUGAGAAUUUGAGAAAAAUACUUCCACAACUCGAUUUGACCCUCCUUGAUAGUUAUGAACCUCUUUAUAACAUGGCCAAUAAGCCUCUUGAAUACGGAUUUUUUGAAGCAAGGAAGGCUUGUUGUGGGACGGGUUUGCUAGAGACUUCAGUAUUUUGCAAUCCAAAGUCAAUAGGAACAUGUGUUGAUGCAUCUAAAUAUGUGUUUUGGGAUAGUGUCCAUCCCACAGGCGCUGCAAACAAGGUUUUGGCGGCUAAAUUGAUUUCUGAUAUUUUACCCAUUAUCUAUAAAUAAGAAAAAUUGUCAGUGAAAUCCAUGUUGGCUUACUUGGUUUACUUGAAUGUUGAAGCUAACAUUCACCAAUAAAAGUCAUAGUUAAACACUUCUGGGUCAAGCAUACUAAGCUUUGUAUUUCCUAGAAUUAUGGUAAGCUAGCUGCUUUUGCUGUAAAAUAUACUAAAUAAGUUUUUAUGUUAAAAAUGUGCUUUUAAAUUUAUGGUAAUUGAAUAAAGUACAAUAUGU